CUUUUUUCACCUUGUCGCAAAAUGCAGCACGAAAAAGGUUACAACGUACCUACCUUAACAUGAUGCAUUGCUUUCUUUCCUCUUGAUGAGAAUCAGAACCUGUUCUUUCCCGCGAACCUGAGCUACGAUUAGUACUCGCCAUGUUUCGACAACUUGGUGUCCUUUUCGAUUUUAACCACCCUUUCCUCUUUGCGUCCUUCUCCUCCCUCCCUUCUUCCACACAUCGAUUGUAGCUUCGCAACGCUACCAUCUACCGUCGUUACCUUUGUAAACAAACUACUCCACUGGGCUCACCACUUUGUUCCACUUCUCGCUGCGAUAGUAGUCCAUCGAAACCUCCUACGCAGUUGUCGGAACCUGUUCCCUUUGGUGUAAACAGUUCUGGGGCGACGCUCGGACUGCGCACGAAGAUGGACGACGAUGGCGAGUCCAUCGCAAGCGCGCUCGCUGCGCAGGAUUCGAUCGUUCGGGGCCUCGUUCGCGAAGAUGUCGAACAUGGUGUUCUCAUUCCCUUGAAGACUACUCUCGAGUUGCGAGAUGACUAUUCGACAGGACGCGUGCUCAUCACGCGCACACCUCUCAAGUCGGCAAACCCGGCUAUCACCAUGUUGCGCGGUCUGCUUCCAGAUGAAAUCAUUAAGGGUUUCCCUCAUCUACGCAGAUGCGCAAAGCCGUCGGAUCUGCCUGCUCACUUGAAGGCACAGUUCAUGAACGAAUCCCCUCAGAGCCGGUCGAUACAUUCAGCCAAGUCGAAUUGGAUCUACAUCAUUGUCGGGCCUGAGAGCAUGCUCAACCGUGACGAGGUUUCUAGAGCGCUGUCCAAGAUUGAGGGCUUGGAAAGCGAGCCAUUCCUUCGCAGCAUCCCCGUUCCUCUGGUGUCUCCUUCUUCUCAGGUCCAGGCUGCCAUGUGGUCACAGCAGUUCUGGCCAUCGUUAUACCGAAAGAAUAACCCGCUCGGACCGCACCCGGCCAUGAUUGCCCGCAAUACGGACGAGAUAGCCAAUGACGCUGCAAUAUGGAUGACGCUCGCACACCAGGUUGCCGAACAAGCCCAGGCCGCGGGCCACGGCGAGCCCAUUGGAGCUUGCAUCAUCCAGCGGGAAGAGGGCAGGACCAAGCUCAUUGCGCUGGCCGGUGAUGCUCGCUGGCGCCACCAAGGAAACGUCGGUUGUACCGGAAACCCGUUGGCACAUGCGGCGAUGCGUGCCAUCAGCUUCGUCGCACAGAAACUGGUCCGAGUGGACGAUAAGAUUACAAAGACUUUACCGACACCCGUGUUGGAGUUUGAGGCUUUCCAGGACAAACCGCUUGUUGAGGACGAGAAGAAGGUGUUUGAGGUGGAGCAUCCAAAUCCCGACGGUUACCUCUGCCACGGCCUGGAAAUGUACCUGACCCACGAGCCCUGCGUCAUGUGCUCAAUGGCUAUUCUCCAUUCACGCAUGGGCAAAGUCAUUUACCGUCAUCGCAUGCCACUGACAGGCGGGCUCUGCGCCGAGGACCGUGGCCGGGGUCACCCGUCCCUUGGAGGGGCUGAUGGAGGUCGCGGGCUCGGAUUGUUCUGGCGCCGGGAGCUCAACUGGAGCUUGAUCGCUUGGGAGUGGGAGUCAAGCGGCUGCAUGAAGCCUCUUCGCGUGGACCAGACGAUUCAUGCCUAAGGUGGUUGAUUCUUAACGUUGGUCGGGAACGCUGUCACCAACCAUUAUUGGACGGCGUUUGGACGAGGAGAAUCUUCCACGGUGUUUGUUGCUACGAAGAUGGCCGGAAUCAGAGGACCCCUCACCGGACUGGAACCACGGAGAAGCUUUUCUUUGUAUUUCCCAGCACAGGGAUACUGGAGGCGGGCGUUAGAUAAGCAGUCUUCAUGAGCUUGGCGCUGGGGGAACUGUCACGGACACCAGAGGUUAGACAGGCGUUGGGAAUACCCGAUGCAUUAGAUACCUUAGUUGUGUGGAAUAUUCACACUGAGCUUGUCAUAUCAACUUGCGCUACUAGGAG